AUGGCAGCAGCAUCGAUAACUCGCUUGCAACUUCUAUCAUCAUCACCCUCACCGAUAAGAAUAAUCAAACGGUCCUCCGCAUUUCUCUCGAAAAACCCGCCAAUUUAUAACUACCAGCACCGCUCUCGUAAAUUCCACGCCGCUCGCUGCUGCUCCACUUCCAAUUCAAACCAAAAUCAAGCACUAGCGAAUGGAUCGGUUGUUGGAGGUUUACUGGAUUAUCUAAAUGAAUCAUGGACUCAGUUUCACGCUACAGCGGAAGCGAAGAGGCAGCUGAUUGAUGCUGGAUUUAAAUUGUUAAAUGAGAAUGAAGAGUGGGAAUUGAAGCCCGGUGGACGAUAUUUUUUUACGAGGAACAUGUCUUGUUUGGUUGCUUUUGCUAUUGGUGAGAAGUACAGUGUUGGAAAUGGGUUUCAUGUAAUAGCUGCACAUACAGAUAGUCCAUGCUUGAAACUCAAACCAAAAUCUGCAUCGUCAAAGUCUAGUUAUCUGAUGGUUAAUGUGCAGACUUAUGGAGGUGGUUUAUGGCAUACUUGGUUUGAUAGGGAUUUGAGUGUUGCAGGAAGGGUCAUUGUGAGGGGUAGCGAUGGUUCAUUUCUGCACAAGCUUGUUAAAGUAAAAAGACCUUUGUUAAGAAUACCAACACUUGCCAUUCAUCUUGACCGCACAAUCAAUAAGGAUGGAUUUAAACCAAACCUAGAGACUCACCUCAUUCCACUACUUGCAACAAAACCUGAAGAAGCUUCUCCGGAUACAAAAAAGAAAAAUACUGACUCUUCUUCCAAAGUUGUUCAUCACCCUCUGCUUAUGCAGGUUUUAUCAGAUGAGUUGAGUUGCAGCAUUGAUGACAUAGUGACCAUAGAGUUGAAUGUUUGUGAUACCCAACCCAGCUGCCUUGGAGGUGGAAACAAUGAGUUCAUUUUUUCUGGAAGACUAGACAACCUUGCUUCAAGUUAUUGUGCAUUAAGAGCUCUCAUUGAUUCAUCUGAAUCAUCCAGUGAUUUAUCAAAUAAACCUGCAGUUCAUAUGAUUGCUUUAUUCGAUAAUGAAGAGGUGGGUUCAGGUUCAGUUCAGGGAGCUGGAGCACCAACCAUGUUUCAGGCUAUGAAACGAAUUGUUGGGUGCUUGGCUCAUAAUAAAGUUGGUGAAGGUGCUAUUGAGCGUGCUAUUCGGCAGUCUUUUAUUGUAUCUGCUGACAUGGCUCAUGGAGUACACCCAAAUUUUAUGGAAAAGCACGAAGAACAACACCGGCCUGAAAUGCAAAAGGGACUUGUUAUCAAGCACAAUGCAAAUCAGCGGUAUGCUACUAGUGGAGUCACAGCAUUUCUUUUUAAAGAAGUUGGCAAAAUCCACAACCUUCCAUCUCAGGAUUUUGUGGUGAGAAAUGACAUGGGAUGUGGAUCCACCAUUGGUCCUAUACUUGCUUCAGGUGCCGGUAUCCGUACCGUUGAUUGCGGCAUUCCUCAACUUUCCAUGCAUAGUGUGAGAGAGAUAUGCGCAAAGGAAGAUAUAGACAUUGCUUACAAGUAUUUCAAGGCAUUCUAUCAGAACUUUUCAAGCAUAGACAAGAAGCUGCAGGUGGAUUAA